UCUCAAAACAGACAUCCCAUCGCCUAUUUCAGUAAACAGUUUUGCCCGAAGCUGCAAAACUCAUCCACUUAUAUUAGGGAACUCUGUGCAAUUACUUCAGUUGUACAAAAGUGGCGGCAGUACUUACUUGGCCGAAUAUUCAUUAUCCAAACAGACCAGAAUUCAAUCAAAGAGUUGCUCUCACAAACGGUUCUUACACCAGAUCAACAACAUUACCUCUCCAAAUUGUUGGGCUACGACUUUGAGAUCCAAUAUUGCCCAGGAAAGUGUAAUUCAGUAGCAGAUGCUUUAUCCAGGCUCUCACAGUCACAACAGGAGCACUGCCUUCUCAUUUUAUCCAUUCCUCAAUUGGAUUUUCUAUCUGAUCUAAAGCAGUAUUUGUCCACCAAUGUCGAGUUCCUUUCACUAAAGCAGCGAAUCACAACAAUAUCUUCGCUGCUUCGUUCAUCACUAGCCAUCAUUGUGGGGCAAAUUUCUUCCAUGGGCCGAAUGGUGCUUCAAUACCACUAUUAACGCCUCCAUCAAGAUGACCCCAUUCGAAGUCGUGUAUGGCCAUCCCCCACCAUCUAUUCCCCAAGGUCUUUCCUCUGACACUUCAAACGCUGCUGUUCAGUUUGAAUUGCAAUCUAGAGCUGACAUCAUCUGUAAGCUCAACAACAACCUUCAAAAGGCACAAGCAGAUAUUAAACAAUGAGCAGACACCAACCGUCGCGAUCUCCAAUUCCAACCUGGAGAUUGGGUUUAUGUUCGUUUCCGCCCUCACCGUCAGGUUUCAGUUGCUGGUCAUUACCAGGGCAAGUUACAAAAACGAUUUUUUGGUCCCUUCCAGGUGUUGGAAUGGAUUGGAAAAGUUGCUUACAAAUUAGAGCUUCCUUCAACUGCCAAAAUCCACAAUGUCUUUCACGUCAGUUUUCUCCGAACACACAAGGGCAAUCCCCCAACAACAUCUUCAAAACUUCCCUUGGAAUUCAAUGAUAAUCAACCCAUAUUGGAACCCAUAGCUAUUUUGAACACUAAGCCAAAUUCUGACUUAGUCUUGGUGCAAUGGAGGGGUCUUCCACCAGAAGAUGCUACGUGGGAACCAUGGGGAGUUCUGAAAGAGCAAUUCCACCUUGAGGACAAGGUGCUUCUCCAUCCGGAGGGAGAUGAAAGAACCAGUGGGCCUAAUCCUAUGGAAUAUGCACAAGGGGAUGACAACCCAAGUACCACUGCAGAUUCUGAACAUGGCCCAAGUAGUGCUCCAGAUGCUUCCAUUGAUCGUCCUAAGAGGGUCAUCCGUCAACCAAUAUAUCUUAGAGAUUUUGUUACUAAGUGACGUGUCACCCUUUUAGGGGAAAACCGUUAUGCCCAUGUGAAAGAAUAUUUGCUGUAAGGAGUAGUGCUUAUAUAGAGCACCUUCUGUUAAGCGGUGGAAUAAGAAAAGAUUAUGUGUCUUCCCCUUAUAUUCUUUUCUCUGUCCUGUUUUUCUUUACAGAUUGUUCCCUUCUCUGUUUUUCUCUUGCAUGCUCCUUUACAUGUUGCGGAUUACCCAGUUGGCCUACCGUCACAGGUGGAGAAAGUCAAGAAACUUUUGGAUGUUGGAUCAGAUGAUGUUGUCUACAUGAUAGGGAUCCAUGGAAUGGGUGGGUUAGGAAAAACAACACUUUCUCUAGCAGUUUAUAAUUCAAUUGCUGAUGACUUUGAUAGUUCAUGUUUUCUUCAAAAUGUAAGAGAAGAAUCAAACCAACAUGGGUUAAAACACCCACAAAGCAUCCUUCUUUCAAAAAUGCUUAGAGAGAAUAUCAUCUUAACAAGUUGGCAAGAAGGAGCAUCAAUGAUACAGGAGAGGCUGGGGCGGAAGAAGGUUCUCUUGAUUCUAGAUGAUGUUGACAACAGAAAGCAGUUACAAGCAUUUGCUGGAAGAGCUGAUUGGUUUGGUCCCGGCAGCAGGGUUAUCAUUACCACUCGGGACGAACAGCUGCUAAAAUCUCAUGAGAUUAAAAGAACUUAUGAAGUGGAGAAAUUGAAUGAUAAUGAUUCUCUUCAAUUGCUUAUAUGGAAUGCUUUCAAAAGGGAAAAAGUUGAUCCGAGUUACGAGGACGUGUUGAAACGUGUAGUAACUUAUGCUUCUGGACUUCCAUUGGCUUUAGAAGUAAUAGGUUCCAACUUGGUUGGAAAAAGUGUUGAAGAAUGGGAGUCUGCGAUUGAACAUUACAAAAGAAUUCCAAACGGUGAAAUUCUAGAGAUACUUAAAGUAAGCUAUGAUGCUUUGGGGGAAGAAGAAAAAAAUGUCUUUCUUGACAUCGCCUGUUUCUUUAAAGGAAGUAGUUUGGAAGAAGUUGAACAUAUACUUGGUGUUCUUUAUGAUAAUAACAUGAAACAUCAUAUUGGGGUGUUGGUUGAAAAAUCUCUCAUAAAGGUUCAGGAUGAAAGGUUUGGUGUAAUUCAAAUGCACGACUUGAUUGAGGACAUGGGUAGAGAUAUUGACCGGCAAGAGUCACCCAAAGAGCCAGAGAACCGCAUGAGAUUAUGGCUAGGGAAAGAUAUUCUUCAUGUUUUAAAACACAACAAGGGAAUUAGCAAAACUGAAAUCAUACGCCUGGAUUUGUCUAAAUCUGAGAGAGAAGAAACGCUAGAAUGGAAUCCCAACGCCUUCAGAAGGAUGAAAAGCCUUAAAAUACUUAUCAUUAGAAAUGGUAAAUUUUCCAAAGGUCCCAAUUAUCUUCCAAAAAGUUUGAGAGUACUGGAAUGGCAUGGAUACCCUUCAAAUUGUUUUCCAUCAAAUUUUGAUCCGAGAAAUCUUGUGACAUGCAAGUUACCUCACAGUCGGUUUACGUCAUUUGGAUUCCUUGGCUCAUCAAAGAAGUUCGAGAAUCUAACUGUCUUGAAGUUUGACUGGUGCAUAUAUUUAACACACGCACCCGAUAUGUCUGAUCUCGGAAAUUUGGAGCACGUUUCAUUUCAAUGGUGUGAGAAUUUAGUUGCAGUUCACGACUCAAUUGGUUUUUUGAGUAAACUUAAAAUAUUGAAUGCGAGAAAUUGCAAGAAGCUUAUGAGUUUUCCUCCUCUCAACUUGCCCACUCUUGAAAGCCUACAACUUUCAUAUUGUUCCAGUCUUGAGAAAUUUCCAGAAAUACUAGGAAAGAUGGGAAACAUAAUGGAACUUAAUUUGUACCUUCCCAUUAAAGAAUUGCCACUGUCGUUUCAAAAUCUUAUUGGACUUAAAAAAUUAUACUUGUCAUAUGAAAUUGAUCACUUACGAAGUAGCAUUGUCACGAUGCCUAACUUGAUUGAUUUUAGAGUUACUAAUUGCAAGAGGUGGGAAUGGGUAAAAUCAGAAGAUGCUGAAGAUAACUUAGGCUCAAUGGUUCCUUCAGAGUUAGAUACCUUUGCUGCCAAGUCUUGCAACCUGGAUGAUGACUUCUUUGCAGUAGGUUUCAUGCGAUUGGCACACGUGCGUUGGUUAUGUCUAUCAUUCAAUAAUUUCAAACACCUUCCUGAAUGCAUCAAAGAAUUUCACAACCUCAACCAACUUGAUGUGAGUCAUUGCAAACAUCUUGAGGAAAUCAGAGGGUUUCCACCAAAAUUAGAAUAUUUCAAUGCGACAAACUGUAUAUCUUUGACGCCCACCAGCUUAAGCAUGUUGCUAGAUAAGGAACUAUACGAAGCUAGAAAACCUCACUUCAGGUUUCCAGGAGAAAGUAUUCCAAAGUGGUUUGAUCUCAAGAGCAGUGGACCUUCAUGUUCUUUCUGGUUUCGUAAUAGGUUUCCUGCCAGAGUUCUUUCUCUUCUUAUUAUACAUAUGGAUAUAGAUAAGUUUAGCUUCGUUACACCAGAAGUGUACAUUAAUGGGAAAUGUCAUGGAAGCUCAGGCACCUAUUUGCUUAAAGAGGAGAGGAUGUUUGAAUUCGAUCAAACAUACCUCUCUGAUCUAGGAAGGCUUCAUAAUUUGUUUGAACAACCUUUAGAAAAAGAAUGGAAUCAUGUGAAGGUUACCUAUGAUGAAAGUUUCUUAAAUAUGUCAAGAAAUAAAGUAACAAUUAAAGCAACAGGAAUUCAUGUAUUCAAAGAGGAAAACAUGGAAGACAUUCGGUUUGAUGAUCCUUAUAUCAGGGAAGACAUCAUUGAAGAAGAAGAUGAGAAAGAAAAGGAAGAAGAAAAAGAGGAAGAAGAAGAACUAAAUUUCCGAUAAUAAUUUUAUAUUUAUAUAAAGUUU